GCUUACACAGUAUGGCCGGCGACAUUAGCUAGCGCUCGCUCAACUCUCUCUAACGGGAAAGCAGCGGACUACAAGAGACUGAACUGUAUCUGCCUCUAUUUCCAACAGACUCACGUUCAACUUUCGCUCACGAAAAUAGCCGGGAAAAUUUUAUUAGUCCUUUUUUUAAAAAAAAAGUUAAUAUAAAAUUAUAGCAAAAAAAAAAAAAAAAAAAAAGGAACCUGAACUUUAGUAACACAGCUGGAACAAUCCACAGCGGCGGCAGGAGCGGCGGGAGAAGAGAUUUAAUUUAGUUGAUUUUCUGUGGUUGUUGGUUGUUCGCUAGUCUCACGGUGAUGGAAGCUGCACAUUUUUUCGAAGGGACCGAGAAACUGCUGGAGGUCUGGUUUUCCAGACAGCAGUCCGACGCAAGCCAGGGAUCUGGGGAUCUUCGUACCAUCCCAAGAUCUGAGUGGGAUGUCCUUUUGAAGGAUGUGCAGUGCUCAAUCAUAAGUGUGACAAAGACUGACAAGCAGGAAGCUUAUGUACUCAGUGAGAGUAGCAUGUUUGUCUCCAAGAGACGUUUCAUUUUGAAGACAUGUGGUACCACCCUCUUACUGAAAGCACUGGUUCCCCUGUUGAAGCUUGCUCGGGAUUACAGUGGGUUUGACUCAAUUCAAAGCUUCUUUUAUUCUCGUAAGAAUUUCAUGAAGCCUUCUCACCAAGGGUACCCACACCGGAAUUUCCAGGAAGAAAUUGAGUUUCUUAAUGCAAUUUUCCCAAAUGGAGCAGCCUACUGUAUGGGACGGAUGAAUUCUGACUGUUGGUACUUGUAUACUUUGGAUUUCCCAGAGAGCCGAGUAAUCAAUCAGCCAGAUCAAACCCUGGAAAUUCUGAUGAGUGAGCUUGACCCAGCAGUUAUGGACCAGUUCUACAUGAAAGAUGGUGUUACUGCAAAGGAUGUCACUCGUGAGAGUGGAAUUCGUGACCUGAUACCAGGUUCUGUCAUUGAUGCCACACUGUUCAAUCCUUGUGGCUAUUCAAUGAAUGGAAUGAAAUCGGAUGGAACAUAUUGGACUAUUCACAUCACUCCAGAACCAGAAUUUUCUUAUGUUAGCUUUGAAACAAACCUAAGUCAGACUUCCUAUGACGACCUGAUCAGGAAAGUUGUGGAAGUCUUCAAGCCAGGAAAAUUUGUGACCACCUUGUUUGUUAAUCAGAGUUCUAAAUGUCGCACAGUGCUUUCUUCACCCCAGAAGAUUGACGGCUUUAAACGUCUUGAUUGCCAGAGUGCUAUGUUCAACGAUUACAAUUUUGUUUUUACCAGUUUUGCUAAGAAACAGCAACAACAGCAGAGUUGAUUAGGAAAAAUGAAGAAGAAAAAACGCAAAAAGAGAAGACACACAGGAGGUGGUGGCUGCUUUUUAGAUGUUGAUCCUGGGGGCCAUGCUGACCAUGACCACCACCUUGUAGUUGCAGAAAGCCCUAGGUGUAAUGAUAGUGUAAUCAUUUUGAAGUGUAUGCAUUAUUAUAUCAAGGAGUUAGCUAUCUUGCAUGAAUGCUCUCUUCUGUGUUUAGGUGUUCUAUGCCACUCUUGCUGUGGAACUGAAGUGCAUGUGGAAAAGAACUUUGACUGUAUGAAUCUUUACGACACUUGUGAAAACGAUUCGAUUUGGUUUAUGCACAGCGUAAUAUUUCUGCAGGCAUCGUCCAAAAUCCCCCACAGACAAGGCUUUCGUCCCCAUUAGAUCGGCCUCAGCUGACCAUCUGCGACUGUUCUAUUCAACUGCUGCCAGAGUUUUCACAUCCAGUUACCUCCACUUUCUAGAGUAUAUUCUCUACUAAUGUUGUUCAGAACCAAUUUUUACUUCACACAGGUGUUUUAUGCAAUGGCAAUUAAAGUCUUUCUUCCACACGUUGAGUCUUUGUAAGAAAAUGAUUCCAGUUGCUUGUUUUGUUUUAAUAGUUGCUCCCGCAUUUAUAGUCCUGUGGUUUCUUUACCACCCCUGAUGAAGCAAUACACUGUUACACUGUGGGCUUAUAAUCUUUCACCCCAGAUGAGUUUGGAAGUGGUCCCUUAAUUUUUUUUCCUAAGACUAAGAAUGUGGCCUUCUUAUUGGCAUGAACUUUUGUGGAAGAUAAUGACAAAAUUGAAUGUACCAAAUGAAAAGAAUUCAGUCUCCGGGGCGAUGAGCAUUGAGAACCCAUUAAAUACAAAACUCCAUGGGACUGAUAGGCUAUGGAGGGCCUGCCAUGCCUUCACUGACUUACUAAGUAGUGAGAGGAAUGUCCACUAAGUCACUCCUAAACCCUCUGACCUCGGUAAGGGCCGCCAUUGCCACCAAUCUUUCCUAACGGAGAAUCUGUAGUUUCCAUUCAUUUGUUCUGAUGUGGGCUGUUCUCUGUGGUCUUCCUUUUCACCGUGGUGUUCAGAUCACAUGAAUGGCUGACCAGAGGGAGGACGCUCCAGGUUACUCAGCCACAUAGUGAAUGAGUGGAUGAACGAUAUUCUGAGUCUAUUUAAUGGCACUAGAAAAAUGGCCAUUUGCAAAUGCUGUGGGAUUUUAAACAGAGCAAACUGGACUAAGCCCCCUGUCAAUUGCCCUCCUACUGUUGUCUUGGUAGUUUCUGGACUGACGCAGUGAUGUUUUGUUCCUUCCGUAUUUAUAAUGAAACACUUUUUUAGCGUUUCUAAAUGUUGAAUCUACUUGGUUUGAAAUCAAGUGGUUGGAACACUGUCUGAUUUUUACUUUAUACACAGUGUUGAUUGAAUGCUUCAUUGGGGAAGCUUUCAGUCAGCUUUAUCAGUCUGAUUCUGUAAUGAGCACAGCACCUAUUUUGAAUUGCUAUUUGGAGGACCAGUGGUUAUUUAAGCUGGAUUUUUGUAACCCAGUAGAUUUUGGCUUGAGGUCUGAUUCCCCCAUCUUAAAAAAUUAAGAAUUCUAAUGUUGAAAAUUGCAUAGGUUUGUGUGUAACAAAGCCUAGAGAAGAGACUGUAGGUGGACUAGUGGUCUAGUGUAAUUACAGGCGGGGAAGUUUUGGUGCCAUAAUUUCUCUUUGUUGGUGUUGGACUUUUAAUCAGCUGAAAUGUAUUUCUGUACCACAAUGUAAGCUUCAAUAAAAGUUUGCUUAAUUGUCUAGCAA